UCUCAUCUCUGAAGUAUAAGACAAGAACCAACGAAGAAUGUCAGUAGUUGGAGGAGGAUUUUCUCGGACAAAAGCCUGUUUUGUUUCUGUCCACACCUCUGCCCGUGGCCCUUGGGGAAGUCUGUGACAAGGCUUUUGAGAGGUUCCUUAUCAACUUCCCUGUUUCUGCACACCGAGAGCCACAGAAUAUCCCAAGAAUAAUCAAGGCAAAGACACCAAGUGGUUGAGGUACACAAUAAUCCAAGCUCCCACAAUAAACAGUUUAAUUGCUUUCCUUGAGACUCAUGUGAGGCUACUUGAAGCAGUGACUGCCACCUGGUGGCAAGCCAGAAUCAUCAUGGUGGUAAUCUAAUGAUUGCUAAAAUCCCUAUUUUUGACUCAUAUGAUAUGCCCUGGCGGCUGAAGAGCCUGGACUGUGCCUGAUGAAGGAAACUUGUGAAAGAACCCUUUGCUUCCACCUGAAUGGGUUAUUUACCCCGGAUUCUGAGCCAGAAGCCAGCUCGCAAAUGGCCCUUGUGAAGAAAAGAUUUGAGUUGCUCUUACGUUUUAGUAAAAAAAAUCUGCUGGUUACCUACCAGUGGAUAACCAAGACUGAAUAGGAACUCACCGAGUGCAGCAUGUGAUGACAUGGAGCCUGAAAUAAACUGCUCUGAGUUAUGUGACAGUUUUCCUGGUCAGGGACUGGAUCGGAGACCCCUUCAUGAUCUCUGCGGGACAACAAUUACCUCCUCCCACUACAGCAGUAAAACCAGCUCUUCAUUAUCUCCUGUCCUCGUGGGUGUUGUUUGGACUUUUCUCAGCGGUGGACUUCUUCUGAUGGUUUUCUUCCUUGCCUUCACAAUUCGCUGCAGGAAGAAUAGAAUUGUGAAGAUGUCCAGUCCCAAUCUGAAUAUUGUGACCUUACUGGGCAGUUGUCUGACUUACACCAGUGCUUACCUCUUUGGGAUUCAAGAUCAAGAUGCUUUAGUGGGAAAUUCAAUGGAAGCUCUCAUCCAGAUAAGACUGUCCUUGCUGUGCAUUGGAACCUCCCUUGUGUUUGGCCCCAUUCUGGGGAAGAGCUGGCGACUCUACAAGGUGUUCACCCAGAGGGUCCCGGACAAAAGAGUGAUAAUCAAAGACCUGCAGCUCCUUGGGCUGGUGGCAACCCUGGUGAUAGCUGAUGUGAUCCUGCUCGUGACAUGGGUGCUGACUGACCCCAUCCAGUGCCUCCAGAUGCUUGGUGUCAGUAUGACGGUGACAAGGAGAGAUGUGUUCUGCUCGCUGACCAGCACGCACUUCUGUGCUUCCCGGUACUCUGAUGUCUGGAUUACUCUCAUUCUGGCAUGCAAGGGCCUGCUGCUGCUGUACGGUGCCUACCUGGCGGGCCUGACUGACCACGUUAGCUCUCCUCCUGUGAAUCAAUCUCUAACCACCAUGGUUGGGGUCAACCUUGUGGUGCUGGCUGCAGGGCUUCUUUUUGUGGUCACCAGAUACUUGCACUCCUGGCCCAACCUGGUUUUUGCACUCACAUCUGGAGGUAUCUUUGUUUGCACAACCACAGUCAAUUGUUUCAUCUUCAUCCCCCAGCUGAAGCAAUGGAAGGCAUUUGAAGAGGAAAACCAAACAAUCAGAUGCAUGGCCAAGUAUUUCAGCACUCCCAGCAAAAGCUUCCAUACCCAGUAUGGUGAGGAACAGAAUUGCCAUGCUGGAGUAGAGAAGAACUCCAUGGAAAGGCUCCUUACAGAAAAAAAUGCUGUGAUUGAAAACCUACAGGAACAAGUAAACAACGCCAAAGAGAAGUUAGUGAGGCUGAUGUCAGCUGAGUGUACCUACGAGCGCCCCGAGUGGACUUCUGCCUCUUCUCAUAGCAACGAUGUCCAGGUCUCAGCCUCUGCGCACAACCUGGAAGCUCAAGGGCCUUCUGAAUGCCUCUCUGACACUCAGAAACUUACCAGCGCGGCUGCCCAGAACUCCCAGAGUACCUUCUUAAGUAUGCAAAACCUCAAGGGCUCAGGGCAGGACAGUGGCCCCUCCCCAGGACAGAAGGAGAUGUCUAACUUAAGAGACCUUUCUGAUCAUUUGAAUUUGGGCUGCAGCCAGAUGCCACAGGCUGAGCAAAGCCUGGAGGCACAAAGAAGAGACCAGGAACCCACGGUCCCCUGCAACACUCUCAAACCAGGUGAAGAAGAUGCUGUUCCCCAGAGCCAGAGACAACUAGAGCACUCAGAGCAACCCCCAAAGCGGCUAUCCAGGGUCAACUCAGUGAUUAGAAGGAAGCUCCAGGAGGUCCUUCAAGAUCUGGACCUGGGCCCUGAGGCUUCCCUUCCUUCCUCUCCCCUUUGUCCCCAGCAGUCCUGGAAGAGCAGCGCUGCGCUCAGUACCCAGAAGAUGCCCCCCUCCAAGAAACUGGGCUUCAGCCCCUACAUGGUGAGGAGAAGGCGGGCAGCACAGCGGGCUCACUCACACUUUCCGGGCUCUGCACCCUCCUAUGUGAGGCACCAGGUGAACAGGGCUGCCUCCGGGGCACAGAGCAGGCUAAAUGUGCAGAACAAGGACAGCUGUAGCCCAAACCCCCAAGCUCCUGAUUCCAGGAUACCAAGACCCUCUCCCAGGAAGCUUUCACUCCUCACAGAUCCUCAAGGCAGGCCAGCCACCCUGGAGAGCGGCCAACAGGGCCAGGCAAAAACUCAAGGGGCCGGAGGGAGCCAUGCAGGCUGUCCUCACCUGCCUGCCGGUUCUGACCAGACCCAAUGUCCCACUUCCCCACGCCUGUCCAGAACCUCACCAGACUUGUCUGAGCAGCAGUGGCGGCAGCCACUGGGGUCCAGCUGCUAUCCCUCCCUUCCUUCUCCACGCAGCUACCUGGACACUGAGUCCAGCAGCUCAGAUGAGUUCUUCUGCCACUGCCACCGGCCCUACUGUGAAAUCUGCUUCCAGAGCUCCUCUGAUUCCAGUGACAGUGGCUCGUCAGACACUGACCCUGAAUCUGCUGGGGGACUGGCAUCCUGGGAGAAACUGUGGGCCCGCUCCAAGCCUGUUGUGAACUUCAAAGACGACUUGAAACCUACGCUGGUAUGAGCAACAUCCAGGACAAAUUGUACCAGGUCCCCAGGGAACAAACCCGACCCUUACCAAGUUGCAGCUAUGCUCACUUUUGCACCUCUUGAUCUAUAAAAAGGAAGUGUUACCUGUCUUGUUACUACCUCACAGCAGUUCUGUAAAAGACUCAACUCAAUGACCACAAAACAUACUCUGGAUAAAAGGUGCUAAUGCAGCUUAGAGGCCCAUGUCCUGGUCGGCCUGUGCUCUACAGAAUUAAUACCAGGGGGAUGACCGGAUGGAUAGACAGAUGGAGGGAUGAAUGGACAGUUUCUGCAGAACCAGAAUUGUUGGAUUGUGACUCAGAACUAUCCUUUUGGUGGACAGACCUGUCCACCAAAAUCUCCUUCUUCCUUGAUGUCCCACUCCUGACAGCCACCAGGUGGUUUCUUUAGCAGUUGGUUUCUGCUAAAGAUUGUGAACAGAACUAGCCCUCAGUUCCACCUUCUGGUUAGACUCAGCUCUGAGCCACCUCAACACCACUGUUCGAUUUCAAGUCUUUCCACUUUUGUGGCCCCUCACCACAUCCCUCAGAGUGAGGUGUAUGUGCAGCUAAGGCACCCAGGUCUUUCUUCCGGGCUUACAUGGCCUCUGAGACCUAGACUGCCUUUGGGUCCUAUGGUCCAUCUCGUUGCCCCUGCCACUGGUACAGUUCUGCUGGGAAGACAGACUGGCAGUCUCUUUGGGGGUAAAGCAUCAUUGUUCCAGAGGUGCUUUUGGUGUUAUUGGGGUUACAUUCUCUCCAAUAGAUACAUAAACCUGGAUGUAGAAAAUGGGAGAAUGAAAAGCAAGAAGAGGGGAAGAAUGCGACAGGAAAAAUAAAGCAUCGUUGUUCCAGAGCUGAUUUUGGUGCUAUUGGGGUUACAGUCUCUCCAAUAGAUACAUAAACCUGUGUGUAGAAAAUGGGAGAAUAAAAAGCAAGAAGAAGGGAAGAAGGUGACAGGAAAAAUAAAACAGGUUUUGAACAUUUACCUUCAUCCUAGCCCAGUGCCUGGCUUAUCAAACUUGGAUCUCUUGGUAGGUUUCCCUGAGGACACAUCUCUUCCGUCUCUCUUCUGGGAGUGGCAGGCACAGCUCAGCAGGCCAGGCCGUAAAGCAAGCGCAAGCAAGGAAAGCCGAGCUGUGCUCACCCCACAGGCCAGCAUUGCAAAACUGGGUUCCUGCACUCAGGAAGCAGCCCUGUGCUGCCUCGGGGGCACACCCACACUCCCAAGAGACAGGGAGCUGGGGAAGGGUGAGUGCCACGAGUUUGUCUGCCGCCAGAACUGCAGAGAAAGCACAGCUGGGUCCACUUCGCUUGUGCUGAGCUGGUUGUUGAUGACAGGCCACCCCCUGCCCCCAUUCCCUGUGUGUGUGUCUGUGCUUGUGUCUGUGUGUGUACAUGUUUGUGUACGGGAGUUUGGCCUCAUUCGAUUUGCUUGGUGGGGCAAUGGGCUCCAGAUGUCUCAGAGAAGAUUUCCUACAGUCUCAGGGGCUGCCAAGGCCUCAUGAAUCUCAACAGUGGAUCGGGUGUCCUGAUAACACAACUUCUUCUAUCGUCUAAUUUUAAAUACAAAUGUCAUAAUUUAUUCUGUGUGUGGGUUUGUAGUUCCUACUUGUGCUGUUUGUAUGCUGUCCAAGUGAUAUUUAAUAAAAGAAAA